CAACUCAAACGGACAAACCCCUCGAAACCCUCUCAUAUUCAUCCCCGCCCGCCGCCGCCUCCACCCCCUCCUCGCCGAAACCCUAACCCUACUCGCCGCGGCCGCCCUCCCCCCCGGCGACGCCGCCAUGUCGAACCCAAAGGGCUCCAAGAUGCUCCAGUUCGUCAACUACCGCAUGCGAGUGACGAUCCAGGACGGCCGCCAGCUUGUGGGCAAGUUCAUGGCGUUCGACCGCCACAUGAACCUCGUCCUCGGCGACUGCGAGGAGUUCCGCCGCCUCCCGCCCUCCAAAUCCUCCAAGACCACCGGCGACCGCGAGGAGCGCCGCACGCUCGGGCUCCUCCUCCUCCGCGGCGAGGAGGUCGUCUCCAUGACCGUCGAGGGCCCGCCGCCGCCCGACGAGUCGCGCGCCAAGGCCGCGGCGGCUGGGGGUGCCCUCGCCGGCUCGGGUGUCGGCCGCGCCGCUGGGCGCGGUGUUCCCACCGGCCCGCUCCUCCAGGCCGCUCCGGGCCUCGCCGGCCCUGUUCGGGGCGUGGGUGGACCCGCCCCUGGCAUGAUGCAGCCCCAGAUCUCGCGGCCGCCGAUGCCCAAUCUGUCGGCGCCGCCGGUGGCGUACCCGCAGGUUGUGCGCCCGCCGCAGGGGAUGCCUCCUCCGCAUAUGCGACCUGGAAUGCCGCCGCAGAUGCCGAUGCCGUUCCAACGUCCGCCUGGGGCGCCGCCUGCGCCAUUCCCUGGGGCACCCCCACAACAGUUCAUGAGGGGACCCCCGCCGAUGGGGCCGCCACAGAUCAGGCCCGGGAUGCCGGGUCCUCCACCCCCUGGAAUGAGGCCUGGGAUGCCUCCGCCGCCGUACGGACAGCCGAGGCCAGGGAUGCCGCCCCCGCCACCUGGCCCGCAGCAGCCUGGACAGAACCCGCCGCAGUAGCCUCUUACCUGGAUAAGCUUCUUGGGGACGCACAAUGGAAGAUUUCACGAGAAAGGAUCGUAAUUGCACCUAUGGAAGACCUGUGGAAUUCCACAAAUGCUUCGUCAUUUCUGUCUCAUAUCCAGCAGUAGUUUCGUUUCGGUAUUGUGAGAUGAGAGAAGAGAACCUUGUCAGUGUGUACCAAUCAUCCUUUUGAUGUGAUUUGUGAGAGGGGACUUUUGUUCUGAUGCAAUGUACGUAAAGUGGCCAGGGCCUGUUUUAACUGUUUGGAUGUUAAGUUAGGAAAUAUGGAUAGCUUGUUUCAUUAUGUCUGAAGUCUGGAUAAUUGACUUGCUUGUCACUGAUUCAAGUUGCCUAAGCCAAUGUUUCUCUCGAA